AUGCCAUUCUAUCUGUCCAUUUUCCUAUCUGGCAAUCCCGUCUCCUUAAUGCCGGUGGAGGAAGCAGCAGCAUUGACCAAAGUGAUAUAUAAACCCCUUGUCUGCGAUUGCAAUAUUUACGUCGAUGGCAUUCAUAUGGAACUGUCUCUAUGGGACACCGCUGGACAAGAAGAAUUCGAUCGUCUCCGUGCGCUAUCAUACGACGACACACAAGUCAUAAUGUUAUGUUUUAGCGUCGAUAGCAAAGACUCCCUGGAGAACGUCGAAUCAAAAUGGAUGGCUGAAAUUGCGGAACAUUGCGCCGGAGCCAAAAUUGUCCUAGUCGCAUUGAAGUGCGACUUGAGAGAGGAGGUGGACGAAAAGGAGGACGAGAAUGCGGAACCACAACCUCAGGAGAAACCAAUCGUCAAGUACGAUAAGGGACUGGAGGUUGCAAAGAGAAUUGGUGCCUUGAGAUAUUUAGAAUGCUCCGCCAUGCGAAAUCGCGGUGUCAACGAAGCCUUCACGGAGGCUGCCAGAGUAGCAUUGACUGUUAAACCUUCGAAGUCGUCCGAUAACGCUGGGAAAUGCACUAUCUUGUGAUGCAUGUGCUUCGACAAAAAACGAGGUCUCAGACACCCCGCUUCUCCUCCGUUUCCCGCACAUACAUUUUUGAUCACUUGCCCUGCCUGUCUACACACUAACGGCUUUUCAUUCAAUCUUAUGUAAAUAUCCCCCAGGCCUUUAUUCUCCUUCCAAAGAAACCUCUAUUUCUUCCAGUCAGUCCUGAUUCAUGGCAGCUACGCUUUUUUUUUUUUCUACUUUUUCAUUCUCGUUUUCCCUUAUCCACCCUGAUGAAUAUGGUGAGAGUGUGUUUCAUUUCAUUGUAUUUUUUUCGCUUUACUUCCCUCACUCUAAUCACCCGCUCUCCGCCUUUGAAGUUCUGAAGUUAUUUUUUUGGCCCCUUUUGUUUCUCUUCAGAUACGUCAUUGUAAUGGAGCAAAAACAUAUCAAGGGGGAGUGAUACCAGUUUGACUUUCCCUCUAUCAAUAUUCGUUUUGUUUCCUCGUGCACCUUGCUUUCCCGCUCCUUUUUAACAGCCAAAAACUACAUUCGAAAUUAUUACUUUAAUUAAUGUUUUGUUUUGUUCGUUUCUAUAUAUUUUGGCUUCUCUGUAUAUACAACAGAGGAACACAUUUUAAUUGUUUACAUUCGUAUUUCUGUAUUUUGAAUUCUCUUGGAAAAUAUUUAUGUAUUUAUUAUCAUGUUAACUCAACCUUCGUUUUACUUUGAUUCAUUUAUUCUCUUUAUAUUCUACACAAAUUUUGUAUCUAAUACUGUUUCUUUCACUUUUUGAAUAAUAAUAAUAAACGAGUUGUUGGCAUCC